AUCCACGUUGGUACCUGGACCAACUGGUCCUACGGAUCCAUUCGAGGAGGCACUGUCACUCUCCCUCGCCCAGACGGUGGCCUACUCACGGCCUUCAUUGCUCUCUUUGUCACAUACGUUGGGACGAGAUUCUGGAGACUCCUUUGCUUUACGAUUCACACUGCUUUAUCUAAGUUCGACGCUCCUCAGGAUGCUCUUUACCACCAACGCCAAGCGGUCCUUCGAAAUUCUUCUACCGGCGUCAACGGAUUCAUGACAUAUUUGCAGCUUAUCUGGACCUGGAAAAUACACGCCAAUAUGCAAACAGCUUCUCGGCGCAUCCUCCCCUUCAUUUCAUUCAGCUCUGCCUGCUUUAUGGGUUUCGCUGUCGCUGGUAUUUUCUCGUCGCGAAUUUCUACAAAUGUAGGCGACGAGGUAUUAAUUACAGGUUCUAACAACUCUGGUUUUCUUGAUUCAAACCUUCACCGUAAUAUGGACGAUACGGCGGCUUUUUUAACGCCCUAUGCAUCGCAACUCAUAGUUGCAAGGGCAAAUUACGCCCAAAACUGUUAUCACUCGUCGGCAUCAGCAGCGGAUUGCCAGCCUUUCGUCCAGACGUCCCUACCUUUCAAAGCUAUAUACGAUGCGCCUUGUCCAUUCCAGCACAAUAUGUGCAGAUCUCAGGACUCCAGCCUCAUCCUUGAUACCGGCCUUAUCGACAGUCUCCACGACUUAGGCCUCAAUACACCCCCUGCGUACAGGUUCCAGAUACGUCGUGUUCUUCAGUGCGCGCCUGUGAUACAAGAAGGGUAUACAGACGUUCGUAGAGGGUCUAAUGGCACUCAAUUUCUUCGAUUCCAUUACGGCGGCAAUGUUAUCUACAACACCACUGAUAUAACGUACGAUGUCCAGGAUCGGGAAAAGUUUUCCGACUCGAGUGUUCUUGCGAUCCCAGAGCUCCGUAGGAACGACGCCGAUACCUUACUUUUCUUUCUAUCUUCGAACAGCAUCAUUUUUUCGUCUCCCAUUGACGACCUGUGGUAUAGUUCCCACACGCCUUCGGGAAUCAAAGUAUUGAGUCCCAAUAUGGAAACGAAGAAUAAAACAUAUUUCUCAGACGACCCGGCUCGUGUUCUUGGAUGUUUGAGUCAAUCCCAGAUCUGCAAUCCGAAUCUUUCCAAGGGGCAAAGUUGCACCCCUCUAUCGGGUGAUUCACCGGCCGAUGAGACUAUCAGACAAGUCUUUGGAGAUGAUUCGCUGUCUGACUUUACACAAUGGAUUGCAAGUAUGGUGGCCAACCAGUUGCUAAAUGUGCACGACAUUGUUGAUACUCUGGGGUCCUCUAGCCUCACUUCUCGUUACAAGCUUAAUGGAGGCUUACAGUCCCCGUUGCCGUCAAAUCAAUGGCAGCUUGAAGUACAGCAUUGGUUUGCGACACACCUCACCUCCCUUCAAUGGAUAUGGGUCGAAGUGGCAACGGGCCCUUCAGACUCGUCUGUGGAACCUUGGCUUCAGAGAGCACGGAAUCCAACUGAAGCUCAAAUGUACCGCAGCCAGAAAGUCCGCAGGACGGAUUACACCAAUUUCAGCAUCCUCGGGCUAUCUCUGACCUUCACUAUCGGUGGUCUCAUUGUCAUCGCGUCGUACAUGGCGGAACCGCUCACCCAAUGUGUACAGAAACGGAGAAAACUUAAUGGGUACGCACGCCUGGAGUGGAUAUCCAACGACAUGCUCCAGCUCCAGAGACUGGCGCAUGAAGAACUGGGCUUGGGGCAAUGGUCGCGGGCAACAGAUGAUAUCCCGGUCACGAAAGUUGGCGACAUGCUGGGUGUGCUCGACUUUUCAGACCCGGGGCAUCCGAAGCUCAAAGCUCCGGCUAUGACGAAUGCCGAGCACGGUACGGAUAGUGACGAAGACAAGGACGAGGAGAGUAGUGACAGUGCGGAGACUGCAGUCGCAAUUCCA